UGUUCUCUAUAUGUGUGAGAACUUCGCCUGAUCUCCUCACAGGUGACAUACAAUGAACGAUAUCUAUAAAGCAGCGGCAGAACAGCUCACCGAUGAGCAGAAGAAUGAGUUCCGUGCAGCAUUUGAUAUUUUCGUUCAGGAUGCUGAGGAUGGAUGCAUCAGCACUAAAGAGCUCGGGAAGGUGAUGAGGAUGCUGGGUCAGAACCCCACGCCGGAGGAACUCCAAGAGAUGAUUGAUGAGGUGGAUGAAGACGGCAGUGGUACAGUGGAUUUCGAGGAGUUUUUGGUCAUGAUGGUGAGGUGCAUGAAAGAUGAUAGCAAAGGAAAAUCAGAGGAAGAACUGGCAGAACUCUUCCGUAUGUUUGAUAAGAAUGCAGAUGGUUACAUUGAUCUUGAUGAACUGAAGCUGAUGCUGGAAGCUACAGGUGAAACCAUCACUGAAGAUGACAUUGAGGAGCUAAUGAGGGAUGGAGACAAAAACAAUGAUGGGAAAAUUGAUUAUGAUGAGUUCUUGGAGUUCAUGAAAGGGGUGGAAUAAAAAAUGAAGAAAUGUCUUCCUGGUGUUUCUCCCUGGACUGUCUGAGCACAAAAGCAGAGUUAAUAUUCAAGCUUGAUGAGAGAGAUCAACAGAGAGUCUAUGAUAUAUUUUAUUAUUGUGCUUAUCAUUUUCAGCACAAUAUUUUCAGAAGAUUAAAUUAUUUUACAUGUGUGUAAAAAUUAAAUUCAAGGCCAAUUUGUGUAGAUUUAAGACUUUGAUUGGGUUUCAUUUGUCUCAUACAUACAUCUAUUAUAAAUAUUUAGGAAAUUAGUCAUACUUCCAUAAUGUAACAAAAUCACAAUACACUGACCAGACUUGGAAUCUGAGCCUAUAAAUGUUAUCAGUUUCCUUCUACCGCAGACUGGAAAGAAAAAACUAUUCCAGAGACAUUACCAUAAUCCACAUCUGUCAAUCUAUUUUAGCAAAGUCUGUGUUUAAAUUUCCAGCCUAUCUGUCAAAUUUAACAAAAUGUUACCUAACGUCCACUUGUCUGCGAAAAUAAAGCAUUUGAGAAUUUU